GCCUUAGCUCUCCGCCCCUGGGGAGGAGCCAGGCAGCUCUGGGUCCAGCCUGUUCUCUUCUCAGCCAGAGAAGAGGCUCCACGCUGGGCGGGGAUGGGGCCUGAAACUAUCUGGGUCUGAGCCGGGGGUGCUGGCGCUGGCGCCUCUUGUCCCUCACCCUCCCCAGGAUCCUUGAGAUCCCUGGGCCAUAGAGGUCCGGUCAGACUAAGGGCCUGGGGAUGCCCCCUGCCUGGCCCCCUUGCCCUGACUGGCAGGGGGGCCGGGCUGGGCAGCAGCCUCCCUCUCACAGCAGCCAUGGAUCUCCUGCCCCCCAAGCCCAAGUACAACCCACUUCGGAAUGAGUCUCUGUCAUCGCUGGAGGAGGGGGCUUCAGGGUCCACCCCACCGGAGGAGCUGGCUUCCCCAUCGGCCUCGUCCCUGGGGCCCAUCCUGCCACCUCUGCCUGGGGAUGAUAGUCCCACUACUCUGUGCUCCUUCUUCCCCCGGAUGAGCAACCUGAAGCUGGCCAACCCAGCUGGGGGGCGCCCGGGGCCAAAGGGGGAGCCAGGAAGGGCAGCUGAGGAUGGGGAGGGGAUCGUAGGGGCGGCCAUGCCAGACUCAGGCCCCCUGCCCCUCCUCCAGGACAUGAACAAGCUGAGUGGAGGCGGCGGGCGCAGGACUCGGGUGGAAGGGGGCCAGCUGGGGGGCGAGGAGUGGACCCGCCACGGGAGCUUUGUCAAUAAGCCCACGCGGGGCUGGCUGCAUCCCAACGACAAAGUCAUGGGACCCGGGGUUUCCUACCUGGUUCGGUACAUGGGCUGUGUGGAGGUUCUGCAGUCAAUGCGUGCCUUGGACUUCAACACCCGCACCCAGGUCACCAGGGAGGCCAUCAGUCUGGUGUGUGAGGCUGUGCCUGGUGCCAAGGGGGCGACAAGGAGGAGAAAGCCCUGUAGCCGCCCGCUCAGUUCCAUCCUGGGGAGGAGUAACCUGAAAUUUGCGGGGAUGCCAAUCACUCUCACCGUAUCCACCAGCAGCCUCAACCUUAUGGCCGCAGACUGCAAACAGAUCAUCGCCAACCACCACAUGCAGUCUAUCUCGUUUGCGUCCGGUGGGGACCCGGACACAGCUGAGUACGUCGCCUAUGUUGCCAAAGACCCGGUGAAUCAGAGAGCCUGCCACAUCCUGGAGUGUCCCGAAGGGCUCGCUCAGGAUGUCAUCAGCACCAUCGGCCAGGCCUUCGAGUUGCGCUUCAAACAAUACCUCAGGAACCCGCCCAAGCUGGUCACCCCUCAUGACAGGAUGGCUGGUUUUGAUGGCUCAGCUUGGGAUGAGGAGGAGGAAGAGCCACCUGACCACCAGUACUAUAAUGACUUCCCCGGGAAGGAACCCCCUCUUGGGGGAGUGGUGGACAUGAGGCUUCGGGAAGGAGCCCCCCUGGGGGCUGCUCGACCCACUCCACCCAUUGGCCAGACCCCCAGCCACCUGGGAGCAACGCUGCCGGUGGGGCAGCCUGUCGGGGGACACCCAGAAAUUCGCAAACAGAUGCCACCUCCACCACCCUGCCCAGCAGGUAAAGAGCUCUUUGAUGAUCCUUCCUAUGUCAACGUCCAGAACCUAGACAAGGCCCGGCAAGCAGGGGGUGGGGCUGGGCCCCCCAAUCCUGCCAUCAAUGGCAGCACGCCCCGAGACCUCUUUGACAUGAAGCCCUUCGAAGAUGCCCUUCGGGUGCCUCCGCCUGCCCAGGCAGUGGCCAUGGCUGAGCAGCUCCGAGGGGAGCCCUGGUUCCACGGGAAGCUGAGCCGGCGGGAGGCUGAGGCUCUGUUGCAGCUCAACGGGGACUUCCUGGUGCGGGAGAGCACGACCACGCCAGGACAGUAUGUGCUCACUGGCUUGCAGAGUGGGCAGCCCAAGCACCUGCUGCUGGUGGACCCAGAGGGCGUGGUUCGGACAAAGGAUCACCGCUUUGAGAGUGUCAGCCACCUUAUCAGCUACCAUGUGGACAAUCACUUGCCCAUCAUCUCUGCGGGCAGUGAACUCUGUCUACAGCAGCCCGUGGGGCGGAAGCUGUGAUCCGUCUCAGUGCUUUCUCCCCGAAGGGGCCCUCCCACCCCUUCCACCCUAUUCCUUGAUUCUCAGGACCUCAUUUGGGAGUGUUCUGUGGGCUUGGCCUCGCGUUGGAGCCAGGGAUAGUGUGGACACAGUUCAGCAUCCAGCUGAAUGAGAGGGUUUGUCAGAAGCCUGGGGUAGAAUCCUGUUUCUCCCCGAACCUUACCAAAGUAUUACUGUACAGAGUGGCUCCCUUCCCUGGGCCUUUCCUGUGCCAAUCUGAUACCCCCUUCCCCAAGAAGGCGGGUGCUUGAGGCCUAGGCAGCGUGCCUCCUUGAAGUGAGAAAGGCCUAAUGGGGCAAUCACCUUUCCAGGGAAGGGGGAAUGAAUCACGCCUUUGGUCUACCCCUGGGCUCAGGGUACCCCAGACCCCUCUCAACAACACUCCCUCCCAGUGGUUAAACUUUGUGCCUUUGACCAUCUCCUAGGUCUGAAGAUAUUUUAUGCAAAGAGUUCUUGAGCCCCUGAGGUCGAGGGUGGGGGUGCUGACACCUACUUGGCUUCUGGGACCCUGUCCUCUCCUUGCUCAGCACCCCCUCCAAUUUGGGUUGGGAGAACAGAGGCAGGAAUGGCAGCUGUCCCCUCUCCCUGGGGAUAGGCAACCCUUAGAGAUUGCCUCAGAGCUCCCCUUCCUGGCCAGCGGGGGGAUGGACCCCUCCCUUGUUCAGUGCCUCCUGGCGGGGGGGGGGGGGGGGGGCCCCCCCC